AACGUCUGUCGGGAAGGUAAAGAUGGCGGUACAAGCAGCAGCACGGAGCUAUGGAAAUCUCUCUUUGAAUGAUAUUUUCGGCGAAAGAAAGAGUGCUUCAAGAGAUAACGAAUUGACCAAGGACAUUUCAGAGAAUUUUCUGAAUGAUUGUCGAUUUGCUGUUCCUCCUGGGACCGAUCCUGUAGAGUUUCUGAGGCCUUUUACCAAUGGCGAAAGUGAUGUGAAAAUCCAUUUCGACCAUGGGACAACUACCAUGGCCUUCAAAUUCCAACAUGGUGUCAUAGUGGCAGUUGAUUCAAGAGCAACUGCAGGAUCCUACAUUGCCUCACAGACUGUGAAGAAAGUGAUUGAAAUCAACCCAUAUCUUCUUGGGACAAUGGCUGGUGGAGCUGCUGACUGUUCUUUUUGGGAGAGAUUGCUGGCCAAACAAUGCAGGAUAUAUGAGUUACGAAACAAGGAAAGAAUAUCAGUAGCUGCUGCUUCAAAGCUCCUUGCCAACAUGGUGUAUAACUACAAAGGCAUGGGACUGUCUAUGGGAACCAUGAUAUGCGGCUGGGACAAAAGGGGUCCAGGAUUGUACUAUGUAGACAGUGAUGGCACUCGCCUGUCCAAUGACAUGUUCUCUGUUGGAUCUGGUUCAACGUAUGCUUAUGGUGUGUUGGACAGCGGGUACAACUAUGGCAUGGGUGUAGAAGAGGCUUAUGACUUGGGCCAGAGAGCCAUAUACCAUGCGACUCACAGGGAUGCAUACAGUGGUGGAGUUGUCAACUUGUACCACAUGAGGCAAGAUGGCUGGAUCAAAGUUUCUCAAACAGACGUGGCAAAACUUCACUAUCAAUACCAAGAAGAAAAAGAGAAUUAGAAAGAGCAGAAAUUUGUAGUUUGAUAAGUUAUGUGCUGAAGGACUCAAUAAAAUUGUUUCAAUUACUGUAAAAAA